AUGGUCAAACAGCACUCCUGCAGUCUCUACCUCGACGGCCAACACGUGGACACCCAGCGGUUUGAGACUGUGGACGGUGGACCAAUCAGCACCUCCGUAUGCGCCUUCCUCGGUACGCCCCCGGUGCUGUAUCAACACAGCUGUCUACGUUGGCGCCAGGGUCCCUUCCAGCUGAUUGAGGAGCCCCUCACUGCCAGCCAGAUUGCCCUCAUCGCCUGCUUGGGACCAGAGUACAUCGGAAGCCUUCAAGCGCCACCGGUCCCUCCAGGUUAG